CGCUUCCUCACGCGAAGGCGUGGCGCGGGUCGGGUGGUCAUGCCCGAUGGGCGGUUGAGGAAGGAACGGAGCAGCUGCGGGGACCUUCCCCAAGGCUGCGAGGCGGCGGAGGCCGCGCGGGUGGAGGACAGGAGCGCGCGGGGAGGGAUUCGGGACGCACCUGGCAGCCGGGGACCGCGGCCGCUCCUAGGGGCGCCAGAGCGCCGCCCGCGGCGCUAUGGCUCACGUCAGCUCUCGCAAGCGCUCGAGGAGUCGAAGCCGGUCUCGGGGGCGAGGGUCCGAAAAGAGAAGGAAGAAGAGCAGUAAGGAUGUCCCGAAGAGCUGCUCGGCUUCUAGAUCCCAAGACCACAAGGCCAGCACCAUCUCCUCUGGGGCGGAGGCCUCACCUUCUCCCUGCAUCACAGAGAGAAGCAAGCACAAGGCCCGGAGGAGACCACGAUCCAGCUCCUCCUCCUCUUCUUCCAGUUCUUCUAGCUCUUCUUCCUCUUCGUCCUCCUCCUCUUCCUCCAGUGGUGGCCGGAAGAAGCGGGGGAAGCACAAGGACAAGAAGAGGAAGAAGAAGAAGAAGAAGAAAAGGAAGAAGAAGCUGAAGAAGAAAGGCAAGGAGAAGGCAAAGGUUCAGCAGGGGGAGGCUCUGCCGGGACCCUCGCUGGACCAGUGGCACCGAUCAGCCGAGGAGGAAGAGGACGGCCCAGUCCUGACGGAUGAACAGAAGUCCCGCAUCCAGGCCAUGAAGCCCAUGACCAAGGAGGAGUGGGAUGCUCGGCAGAGUGUCAUCCGCAAGGUGGUGGACCCGGAGACAGGACGCACCAGGCUCAUUAAGGGAGAUGGCGAGGUCUUAGAGGAAAUCGUAACUAAGGAACGACACCGAGAGAUCAACAAGCAAGCUACCCGCGGGGAUGGCCUGGCUUUCCAGAUGCGAGCAGGGCUGUUGCCCUGAGGGCCCUGCUGGCUAAGUGCUGGUGGCGUGGCCUGGAGACUGGCUUCAGAGUGGGCAGCAGGAAGCCCAGUGGGUGCUGUUUGCCUUUCCUCCUGCGGACUGGCCUCUGGCCCAGCCUCCUCUCAGAUGCAGGGGGUGAGGACGGGGUCGCUGGCCUCAUCAGCUCCUCCUGCAAGAGCGUCACUUCCCAAAUAUUAAAUGUUCCCUGGUUGGAAACUUUGUUAGGUCGGCUUUUUGUGCUGAAGGGAGGGAAGGUUGCUACCCAACUUCCAGAGGACAAAGGAGGCCUAUAGGACUUUUGGGGGCAAGGUGGGGUGUACCCUGACGUUCGUGAAGACCAGCCACCUUUGCUGUGCUCAUCCUCCGGUCUGCCUGCUUAGACCAGACCCUGACCCUGACCCUCAGCUGAGUCCCAAACCCAGAGACGUGGCUUUUAAACCCCAUCCCCUCAGAUUUGGAGGGAGGCUGCUUCCUGCACUGUUUAUUCUGCAGAUGACAACCGCGCAGAGUCCUGGUGCUGGGGCCGGGCCGCCGGGGUGGGAAUCCUGGCCCACGUUACUAGCUGUGACCUCUGUAGAGCAGAGAGGCUUUCAGCAUCCACCUGGCUGGGCUGCUGUGAGGAUGAACCGAGUUCAUGCCCAGGAAGGGGCUGGGAGGAGGCCCGGUGCAGGGGAAGGCUGGCAUAAGCGUACUGGUGUUACAGUCAGCGUAGCAGGCACUGUUGAUUGGGAAGGACAUCCUCUCCCCACCACAGCUUUAGCUCUGGGACAGGCCGUGCCCCCACCCCAGAUCCCCUCCCCACCCUGUGCUCUGUGGUUGCUGGUGCAGUAAAGAGACCCAGAAGGAAGCCUUCCUGCUUCUUUAAUUGGUGUAACAGACAACGACACUGUAUACAGAGCACACUCAGGCCCAAAGGUGCAGGGAAAGCAAGGGCGGAUGGGGCGAGUCAGGACACGGCUCACACACGGCCCAGACAGAGAGACAGGAGGGGCCGAGACGAGAAAACUAACGAGGUGGGGUGGGGGGGCGUGGGGAGUGGGGUGGUGGAGGGGCAGCUCAUAAAGAGCUGGGAAAGUUGGGGGUGGGGUCUCUGCUGAAUCCGUCUUUAGAAAUCAAAGAGAAGGCAGGCGGUUGGAUCUGGGGUGGUGGGCGGAGGCUCAGUGUGGGGUUGGGAGUGGGACUAAGGCUUCUACUCUAACAGGCCUGGGGUGGGGGUGGCAGUCAGCAAGGCCUGCCUCACCCUUUGGUUACGACUGGUCAGGCCUGAGCCCUGCAGCUCAGCACCCAACACUGUAAACAUUUUUGGUAUUUUUAAAGGACUCUGCCCUCCCUCUCUUAGUUUCUGAAAAACUGGUGCUUCCUUAAGAGGAGAAUGUGCCAAAAGGAAUCUUAAGGGAGGCAGGAAGCAGACCUGGAUAUAGAAGAGAGAUGUCAACGGGGAGGGGGGGGCUGCCCAUCUCACCAUCUAUGGCUAAGGGCCACUGGGAGAGGCCCAGGGGACUAUUGCUGUUGUCCUUGGCAUGGCUGGCGGCUGGGCAGGCAGGCAGGGAGUGCGGAGCCUGGGGGAGCUGCCCCCUGGGAGAGGCCGAGCCCACUGCCCACAUGGCCUCCCCGGGCCAGGAGGCCUUCCAGCCUGUAUUGCAGGUGGGCCCAAGGCUCUUCCAGGUGCUUCUCCAGAUGGCUGGUCACCGAGGCAGUAGGCAAGAUGGGGUGAGGUGGGACCAACAGAGAAGGAGGCACUGGCCACAGGGGCCCCUCGCUGGGGCUGUGAUUGUCGGGCCAAGCGAUUUCCCGCCGGGGAGCAGAGUGGGGGUCAGAUAUUGCACUUUCAUUGCAACACUUACAUUAAAACUUGGUCCAUAAAAUAAUCGUUGCUUUAUACAGAACGCCUGAAACAAAA